UAUUAAAAACAAAAUAUAUAUAUCUUUAAAUUUAUUUCUAGGAUGAACAAUAGUAUGAUUAUAAAGCUACUAGUGAUGAUGUACACGAUAUGUGCAAGAGUUGAGUUGAGUGAUAUAAAGAUAAUAGAAGAAACCAAAAUUAUUAGUAAAGAAGGCAACUUGGUAAUAAAUCCAGAUGGAUCACUUAGUCCAUCCAGAGCAGACAUUAUGCGCAAGUGCGAAUAUAUACAUAACAAACGAUUAUAUGCAUACGAAAUAAACACGAUGUAUAAUUUGAAAAAAACAUAUAAACAAGGCAGAUUAUUUUAUGAAUACGAAAGAAAGCCAGUCAAUGACAAAGCGUAUACAAAUAUAUGCAAAUCACCAGCAUUU